GCAUAAAUGAAAAAAUAAAAAUAUAAGAAAAGAAGAGGAAGGAGUAUAGUUUGGCGUCUUCCCCGUGUGCGAAUAUAUAGAACAACUUCAAUUCGGUUGUUGCAACACUAUUUUCAGAGUCCAAUCAAGCUUCUAUCGUCCACUACAAACCCAUCAUCAAAAGGGUAUAAGACGAUUCCGGAAUUCAAUCCUAUGGCACAUGCAUCUUUUUUCCGAGUAUCACAGAAGGCCUAUGUUGUAUUUGUUUGUCUCUUGCUUAUUCUGAAAUCGAAGGGUGUGGCUUCUUCUUCCAAAAAUGCCCUUAAGAUAAAGUAUGAUGUCUUUGUUAGCUUCAGAGGCCCAGACAUCCGCCGAGGUUUUCUUAGUCAUUUGGUUGACGCACUUUCUAGAAAGAAAAUUAACGGCUUUGUGGAUGAUAAAAUUGAGGUAGGAGAUGAAAUACCAAAAUCACUCAUUAGAGCAAUCGAGGCAUCAUUAAUUUCACUAGUUAUAUUUUCACCAAACUAUUCUUCUUCACACUGGUGUUUGGAGGAACUUGCAAAAAUAGUUGAGUGCAGAGAAAAAGAAGGCCAGUUUGUGCUACCAGUUUUUCUUGACGUAGAUCCCUCAGAUGUGCGUCAUCAAAGAGGAUCCUAUGGAGACGCAUUUGUUAAACAUGAGAAGAAACAUGACUUGAUCAAGGUUCAACGUUGGAGAACUGCUUUGCAAAGAGCUGCUAAUUUAUCUGGAUUACAUUCAACAAAAUACAGGAAUGACUAUGGGCUCCUUGAAGCAAUCACCAAACAUCUGAUAGAGAGAUUGAAUCAUGAGCAGAAAUAUAUCUCAAGAGGGCUUAUUGGAAUUGGCAAAUCAAUUGCACUCUUAGAGUCAGAAUUGAACCCCGAGUUAGGAGACGUGCGUGCUUUGGGAAUUUGGGGAAUGGGGGGCUUGGGUAAGACAACUCUUGCAUGGGAAGUGUUUAACAGCGUACGCUCACAGUACCAAGGUUCUUGUUUUCUGAGAAAUGUAAAGGAAAGUUCAGCCAGGGAAGGAAUAUUUUCUUUGAAGAGCAAACUUUAUUCUGAACUCAUACGUGAACCAGGCUUAAAAAUUGAUAGCUCAAAUGGAUUGCCCCCUUUUCUUGAGAAAAGACUUGGUCGAAUGAAGGUUAUAAUUGUUCUAGAUGAUGUCGAUGGUUUUCGGCAACUGAAAAUACUAUUUGGAACAAGGGAACAAUUUGGACCAGGUAGUAGAAUCAUUGUAACAUCCAGAGAUAAGCAAGUGCUCCAUACAGAAGUUGAUUUUAUCUACGAAGUUAAGCCAUUACAAGUUGAUGAGGCGCUUCAGCUUUUCAAUUCGAUUGCCUUCAAACAUGAACAUCGUGAUCUUGAGAAGGAAUUUCAUGAGCAAUCAAAAAAGGUGAUCGAGUAUGCCAAAGGUGUUCCAUUAGUCCUUGAAGUUCUGGGCCACCAUGUCCAUGGAAAAGGGAAAGAAAUGUGGGAAAGCCUGUUAGAGAAGCUUAAAAAUAUGCCAGACAAAGAGGUCCAUAAUGUGAUGAAACUCAGUUAUGAUGAUCUUGAUCGGGAUGAGAAAAAGAUAUUCUUGGAUAUUGCUUGUUUUUUCAAAUGGGUGCUAGAGGAUGAUAUAAAACUACUUUUGAAGGAUGAGAUCAAUUCUGUGGCUUUUGUGUUAGAAAGGUUAAAAGACAAAGCCCUCAUAACUGUUUCUGAAAGAACUAUUGUAUCCAUGCAUGACAUUAUUCAAGAAACAGCACUCGAGAUUGUUCGUCAAGAAUCUAUUGAAGACCCUGGAAAACGAAGCCGAUUAUGGGGAUCUAAUGACAUUUAUCAAGUGCUAAAAGGUGAUAAGGGGAGUGAAGCCAUUAGAAGCAUCUCCGCCAAUUUGCCAUUGCUUAAUAAGAAGCUGCAGCUAAGCCCUCAAGUAUUUGCAAAGAUGAGCAACCUACACUUUUUGGAAAUUUUAGCUCCUUACACGUGUCCUUCUUAUUUCCCACAAGAUCAAAUGAGUUUGUAUUUUCCUGAAGGGCUUGAGUCUUUGCCUAAUGAACUAAGGGUUCUUCAUUGGAUACACUACCCUAUGGAAGCCUUGCCAACUCAGUUUUCUGCUGAAAAUCUUCAAAUACUCUCCUUGCCCGUUAACCGAGUGAAAAAACUUUGGCAUCAAGAGCAGAAUCUUGGAAGUUUAAAGGUAGUUAGCCUUGUAUGUUCCACCCAAUUAACAGAGUCACCAGACUUUUCAAAUGCAACAAAUCUUGAAGAGCUUGGUUUCAGAUCGAGUUCAAAGUUAAUUCAUGUACAUCCAUCUGUUUUCACUUUAGAGAAACUCACGGCUUUGUACCUUUCAAACUGCGUUUCCCUUACAAGCCUUACAAGUGAUACUCAUUUAAGGUCCCUUCGCUCUCUCUAUCUCGAUGGCUGCACAGCACUGAAGGAAUUUUCUGUUAUUUCAAUGAAUAUGGUAUACCUGUAUUUAGAUCACACAGGGAUCAAACAACUGCCUGCAUCUAUUGGAAUUCAAAGCAAACUUGAAGUGCUAAGUCUAGCAAACAGUACUAUUGAGUACUUGCCUGAAAGCAUUAAGCACCUCUUGAGGCUGAGACGCUUAAAUUUAAGGGAUUGCAGGGAGCUUCAAACUCUACCGAAGCUUCCCCCUAACAUCGAAUACCUAAAUGUUGAAGGUUGCAUAUCACUGAAGACCGUGUUGUUCCCUGUGACUGUAGCUGAACAAAUGAAGGAAGAAAGGGAAAAGGUUGCAUUCUGGAAUUGUCUGGCAUUGGAUCAACACUCUCUUGAGGCUAUUGGCUUGAAUGCACAAAUCAACAUGAUGAAAUUUGCAUAUCAACAUUUGUCCAGAUUUGAAAGUGACAGUUACCAAGAUUAUGAUGCAGAUUAUGAUGCUCAUGGAGCCACCUAUGUGUAUCCGGGAAGCAGAAUUCCGAAGUGGUUAUUGCACAGAACAAUUGGCGAUCACAUAACCAUUGAUGUCCCAUUUGGUCUGCCUUCCAGUCAGUUAGGCUUCAUUUUUGCUUUCAUUAUUCCGAAAGUUGCAUCUGAAGGUUUGUUUUUAAACUUUAGCCUCAGUGUUGGUGAUGAUGAGGAUGAAGGGAACAGUAUCAAGUUGCGCUUGCCUAGGCCAGGUCAAGAAAUUGCAUCGGACCACGUGUAUCUGAUGUAUUACGUGGCAUGCUCUAACUACCUAAGUAGUAAAGCCAAAUCUCAGGCACAGUUUGAAAUUAAGGUUAGUGUGGCAUCAGAGUACACGCCGUUGCUAUUGAAAGGAUUGGGGGUCAGCCUAAUCAAUGUGGCAGAAUAUCAGAGUUUCGUUCAACAAAUGAAAUGGCUUGACACAACUUCAGAUACCAUUUUUAAUUGGUCAAUAACAAGAGAAAUGGAUUCAUAUAAUUGUGAACCUUCAUAUCAGAAUUGUUCUCUUGAAUUUGGGAAAUUCUAUGGUACGCAGUGCUUAUUUCAACAACAUGUGCACGCGCGCUUGGAGCAGGCCGAGGAAGGGAUAUGUUAGUUUUAUGAAAUAGAUUGCAGUAGUUUGUUGAGUGCAUUAUAGAUUUAAAUUUUGUAGUUAACAGAAGAGAUAGUUUUGAUUAAGGAUAAUUUAAAUGAAUGGUUGAAAA